AUGGCGCAAGACAAAGUCCCUCACGUUGUUAUCUUGCCCCUCCCACUUUCAGGCCACGUUAAACCCAUGCUCACCUUAGCCAAGCUUCUCUGCGAUGCCGGCUUUCUAAUAACCUUUGUUAACUCCGAUUACAACCAUGAUCGUCUUGAGCGUGUCAUGGACAUCCCGGCCUUCUAUAAUCGCAGUCCAGGGUUUCGAUUUGUGUCCAUCUCUGAUGGUCUUCCACUUGAUCAACCACGUCUUGGCCCUAUUAUAUUUCAAUUGUUCUCUAAUACUAGGACAGUGAGCAAGCCACUUUUCCGAGAAUUGUUGAUAUCACUACGACAAUCGACAGAAAGGUCUCCACCGACGUGUAUUAUAGCCGAUGGACUCAUGUGUUUCGCUAUUGAUGUUGCUGAGGAGCUUGGGGUUCCAAUCAUUACUUUUCCAACUCAUGGCUCCCAUGGCAUGUGGACUAUUAUGCAUACUUCAAAUCUCAUUGAAGAAGGGGAAGUUCCUUUCCAAGUAACGCACCUGGUCAGUAAUGAGACUUUUAAGAGGCCCUCCAACGGUCUUCUUGGUCGAUUUGGUAACUGCUUGGAUCAUUGGUUGACUGCAUUGAAUAACUCUCCGCCUUCGUCAGUGAUGAUGGCUUUCUUCGUUGUUUCUGAUUACCUCGUCAUAGAUGAUUCUCUCGUCAUUAAUGUUAUCUUCGUCAUCGAGAUGUAG